AUGUCGUCGAUCAACGGCGGCGUGGAUCCAUCGAUGCGGCGUGGCAGUCUGGUGACGUCACUCAACCCCACGCCCCAGCACAAGCGGGCCAAGCUGAAGGAGAACCCACCCCCCGGACUGGACCACCAGAUGGUGGUGACCCCGACCUCCGGGCUGCUCCCGAAGCGGAAGCUCCCGCUCGGGAACUUCAUGUCGGACAACAUCAUGCCGACGGUGACGGUGCCACGGCCCCGGAAGGAGUCACUGGUGGCCAGCGGGCGGAAGCGGUCCAGCGGGGGCGCCGGGGACCUCGUGGUGUCAGCGGUCGAGCGGCGCAACGCCCGCGAACGCAACCGGGUCCAGCAGGUCAACAAUGGGUUCGCGGCGCUCCGCGAGCGCAUCCCGGACGAGAUAGCGGCGGCGUUCGAGGCGACGACGCCGCCGGUGACGGGCGGCCGGGGGAUCCACAAGAAGCUCAGCAAGGUCGAAACGCUCCGGAUGGCGGUCGAGUACAUCAAGUGUCUGGAGCGUGUCCUGGCGGUCACCGGACGGUCCCCGCCGCCGCAGGACCACGAUGGGCUGGAGCUGCCGGCGACUCCACCGCCGGAACCUUCGCCAGUCCACGGUCCACUGGUGCCACCGGCCAACUUCUUCCUCGCCAUCAAACCUCGCCGGGCCAUCCUCGCUGGACCCGAUGCUGAGGACGCGGGGAGUGGCAAAGGGGGGCAGCUGGUGACGGCGCCACGCUUCGAUCAGACGCAGAUCACCAUCAUCAACGGGCACCAGUACAUCCGCAUCCCGGGGACCAACACGUUCCAGUUCCUCGACCCCGAGAGCCUCUACGGGGAGGACGUGGUGGGAGCUGGAACUGGAGAGUAUAGCGACGGGGAGGACGAGGGGUCGUGCUCGAGCAACGUCGGGGAUCUGCUGAGCGAGUCGUCCGCUAUCGUCGCCCUGUCACCGCAGAGUAACUUCACGCUCGAGCCGGACACCGACUCGAAGCGGGACCUGGACCCAUCCUGCUAUCUCCACGUCGCUUGUCAGCCCACGGACGACUCACCGCCGGCCGGACAAGACGAUGGUGAGCUGUUGGACCAACACCAGCACCAGUUCGAUGCCGAUCUGCUGCUGAUCAAGUCCGAGCUGGAGUCCGACGCGGAUGCCGAUCUGGCGGACGAUCCGGCGUUUCUCAGCUGGAUCGAGGUGAACCAGCAGCUCCAACUGCAGCAGCAGCUCCAGCUCCAACACCAGCAGCAACAUCUUCAACUGCACCCGCAAGCCAUUCUCGAGUAG